CAUGCAUUUCACUAGUGCCAUCCAUAACACUGCCUUCACCAUUGUACUGGGUUAUAUAUUAUCACAGUUAUAUCUAUACCUUGUUCUCUCUAGACUGCCAUGGACCAGUUACACAUGCAUUUCACUAGUGCCAUCCAUAACACUGCCUUCACCAUUGUACUGGGUUAUAUUUUAUCACAGUUAUAUCUAUAUCUUGUUAUCUCCAGACUGCCAUGGACCAGUUACACAUGCAUUUCACUAGUGCCAUCCAUAACACUGCCUUCACCAUUGUACUGGGUUACGUAGAGCUGACCUCGGGGACGGCAGAUAGCAACUUCCAGAAGAGACAGUACUCUGACCUGUGUAAGCGCCUGUUUAGCAAUGUGCACAUCAGUAUAGAAACGUUCUACCCAUGUCUGGUGGACCUGUGCAAGGCAUUGUGGGAAGUGAUGAAGAGUUAUUAUCAAACCAUCGAGUGGCACGAGAGACAGGAACAAGAGGCUCAAGAUUCAGGUUGCUAUCAACGUAUCAAUUCUCUUUGUGGUGCAUGA